AUGACGUUUGAGCUGAGUUACGCAAUACAGCAGCUCUUCAUCGAAGCUGGAAGAGAGAAGCAAGAACACGACAAACUCAGUGACGGCCUUCUGUCGGCACUACACUGCGUGUUUGGUCAGCCUCUACUGUACGCCCUCGACCUAGUCGAUCGCAACAAAGUGACAGAAUACACUUGCUCGAGCGGCAGAACAGCGUUCACGGUGACUGGCAGCAGCGGACAGAGCUACGUGUGCCUGCCCACCAGCAACUUUUGCACGUGUCCGUCAUACGUUUACACAGUUCUAGUAAAAGGUGAUGCAGCAAUGUGUAAGCACGUAUUGGCAAUGAGACUAAGCCGGGCGAUGGGAUGCCAAGUCAAAAAGCACAUAUCCGACAAUGACUUGGCAGAUCUACUCUGCGAAGGCAUCGAUACAUCACACUGCAUAAUCAAAGAGACUAGAUGA